UUCCGUACGAUGUCGUGGCGUUUCUUAUCUUGCUGAAUUAUUGUUAGCUUCCCAGCUACCAACAAAAAUAGCUACUGCUGCUCGGAUAAAAAUCAUUAGCUAUCACCUUAAAGUUAGGAUAUUUUUUAUAGAAUAAAUCAAAAUGAGACGCGCAGGUUUGGGCGAAGGAGUACCUGGAAAUUAUGUGGCCAGCGGGUACAGCGCGUAUGAAGAGGAAAAUGAGCACUUACAAGAGGGUCUGAGAGCCAAAGUCAGCGCCUUGAAACAUCUGUCAAUAGAUAUUGGAACCGAAGUGAAGUACCAGAACAAAAUGUUGGAUGAUAUGGACUCAGACUUUGACUCAACGGGCGGUUUGCUGGGGGCCACCAUAGGGAGAGUGAAGCGGCUUUCCAGGGGAAGCCAGACUAAGCUCCUGUGCUACAUGCUGCUCUUCUGCCUCUUCGUCUUCACCCUCCUCUACUGGUUUAUCAAACUGAGGUGAUACGUUACAGGAGGCCCCGGCUUUUCCCUCCAUGCCUCUCGUGUCUCCUUUCCCUGUCGGUGCCAUAAGUCCGCCUCUGGAUCAGAAGACCAUGACCAUAAUGACAAGGAGACUGUUAGAAUGUGCUUAGUGGUUGAGAAGACGACUCCCCCCAAAUCAUCAAUGACAAUGUACAAUAGGGGGUAAUAAUGUAUGGCUGUCAUUCAUUUUAGACAGCCCUGAUGGAAUGAGUAGACACCGCCAUAAGUUUACGAUUGCAACGAUUGUCCAUUUAACGAUGAUGCAUAUUAUAGGUACAUUUGUAACGGAGUGAUCUAUUUCAUAAAAUAUCUGGUAAGGCUAAGCAGUAACAUACAGUGGGUAUAGAAAGUCACCACCCCAUUUCAAAAUGUUCACCUUUUGUUGCCUUACAGCCUGAAAUGAAAACACAUAAAAUCAGACUUUUCCCAGGUUUUAUAUACACACAGUAACCCACAAUAUCCAAGUGAAUAAAAAAUAAAAAAAAGAACUGAAAAUUAAUACAAAUUAAAACAGUAAAAUACCCUAUUUGGAUAAGUGAACACCCCCUGAGUUAAUACUUGGUGGAACCACCUUUUGCUUGAAUUACAGCCAUGAGUCUCUUUGAAUACGUCUCUACUAACUUUGCACACCUAGACUGUGCAAUAUUUGCCCAUUGUUCCUUGCAGAAUUGUUCAAGCUCAGUCAAAUUGCAUGGUGACCGCUCAUGGACUGCACUCUUCAAGUCAUUCCACAGAUUCUCGAUGGGAUUUAGGUCAGGGCUCUGACUAGGCCACUCAAGGACAUUCACCUUCUUGUCCUUCAGCCACUGUACGGUUGCUUUGGCAGUGUGCUUUGGGUCAUUGUCAUGUUGAAACGUGAACCAUCUUCCCAUUUUCAACUUCCUGACAGAGGGCUGCAGGUUCUCCUCAAGCAUCUGUCGGUAUUUUGCACUGUCCAUUUUCCUUUCUAUCCUGACAAGUGCUCCAGUCCCUGCUGAAAAGAAACACCCCCAGAACAGGAUGCUGCCACCGCUGUGCUUUACAGUAGGCAUGGUGUUCUUUGGGUGGAAAGAUGUAUUGGGUUUUCGACAGACAUAUCGUUUUGCGUUCAGGCCAAAAAGUUCCAUUUAGGUUUCAUCUGACCACAGCACCUUUUGCCACUUGGCCUCGGAAUCUACAAUGUGCUUUUUGGCAAAGCUCAAACGAGACUUGAUGUGGCUUUUUUUGAGGAGUGGUUUUUUUCUUGCCACCCUCCCGUAGAGGCCAGAUUUGUGGAGCGCUUGUGAUAUUGUGGUCACAUGCACACAUUGACCAGUCUUUGCCAUAAAGGCCUGAAGCGGCUUCAAAGUCGCCAUUGGCUUCUUGGUAGCCUCUCUGAUCAGUCUCCUCCUUGCACGGUCAUCCAGUUUGGAGGGACGGCCUGAUCUAUGCAGGGUCUGGGUGGUGCCAUACGCCUUCCACUUCUUAAUAAUGGUCUUAACUGUGCUCCGAGGGAUAGACAAAGCCUUUGAAAUCUUUUUAUAUCCAUCCCCUGACUUGUGCCUUUCCACAACUUUAUCUCGUAGAUCUUUUGAAAGUACCAUUCCGCCCAUAGUGGAUUAUUUGCUUUGAAUUGCACUACUAAGCAGUGGAGUCCUCUAUGAACAACUGCUUUUAUUCUGAACUAAUCAAAGUCGCUACAAUUGAUCACAGAUGGAAGCCAAUUAGCUUGAUUUGUGAUCUGGAAGGUGGUUGGUUAUACCUCAGCAAGUUUGCAAUUGCAAUUCUAAGGGGGGGUUCAAUUAUCCAAACAGGGUAUUUUUACUGUUUUACUUUUCAUUAAUUUUCUUAUAUUUUUUCACUUGGAUAUUGUGGGUUACUGUGUGUAAGUAAAUAAAGCCAGGAAAAAGUCUGAUUUUAUGUAUUUUCAUUUCAGGCUGUAAGGCAACAAAAGGUGAACAUUUUGAAAGGGUGUGGUGACUUUCUAUACCCACUGGAUGUGCAAAUGUGACUAAGCUCUCUAGGCUGAGUCACUGAGGAGCUCUCCAGUGCAUGACUCAUAAUGUUAUUAGUAUGCAAGUGUGAUAGUUAGAUAUCAUGCUCUUGAAGAGAUGGCUUGAUCCAAUGGGAGACUGACAUUUCAUCAAUACAGUAUCCAACUAUAGAGUUCCACUAUAAACAAACAUGUAAAUGUUUUUGUUUUGAGGAAUAAAUUAGAAGGGUACACUCACUUCAAACCGUUUCCUAUCCUGUCUACAGCGACCGUUCAUCUCCACCAUGGCACACUGUUCUCCCGUGAACAUCUUUAAUGUAAAUGUAUUUUAUAUGUAAAUAAACAAGAUGUAUGUUUUGAAUUUGA